CCUCCCCUCCCAUUGGGCCCCGGCCCUACUUUUGUACAAAAGACCCUCCUUUUCUGUAUUCUCAUAUUUAAAACCCCCAGUUGCCACACCAAACCUCUGCCUCCACUUCACUUCCUUUCCAUCUCCUCUCUUCCCAUCCCCUCCCUUCUUUCCCUUCCACCUCUUGGUUUGCUCUUCUUGGCAUCCUCCUCGUAUUCCUGGUUCAGGCAGUUUGGAGGUUGCAGUAAAGGCGGUUGGUGCUUUGCUUGUUACCCGUUGGCGUUUGGAGAGACAGGCAGGCGAAGAGAGAUAAAGAUUGAAGAGACAGGGUGACCAAACAGAGGGGCUGCAAGUUCCUGGGCUUUUCUUGCGGCAACAUGAAGAAACUGUUCGUCGUCUCCUUCCUCCUGCUGCUGGCCGUCUCCGCGAUCCGUGGUGAAGAUGGUGCAUACAUCGGCGUGAACAUUGGCACAGCCAUGUCGUCGGUGCCGGCGCCGACGCAGAUCACGACGCUGCUCCGCUCGCAGAACAUCCGGCACGUCCGCCUCUACGACGCUGACUCUGCGAUGCUCGCGGCACUCGCCAACACCGGCAUCCGCGUCGUCGUCUCCGUCCCCAACGAGCAGCUGCUCGCCAUCGGCAACUCCAACGCAACGGCGGCCAAAUGGGUGGCCCGCAACGUGGCCGCGCACUUCCCGGCGGUCAACAUCACGGCCAUCGCCGUCGGCUCCGAAGUGCUGUCCACGCUGCCCAACGCGGCGCCGCUGCUCAUGCCCGCCAUGCGCUACCUCCAGAACGCGCUGGUGGCCGCGGCACUGGACCGGUACAUCAAGAUCUCGACGCCGCACUCGUCGUCCAUCCUCCUCGACUCGUUCCCGCCGUCCCAGGCCUUCUUCAACCGCUCGCUGGACAACGUGCUCGUGCCCAUGCUCAAGUUCCUGCAGUCGACCGGCGCGCCGCUCAUGCUCAACGUGUACCCGUACUACGACUACAUGCGCUCCAACGGUGUCAUCCCGCUGGACUACGCGCUGUUCCGUCCGCUGCCGCCGAACAAGGAGGCCGUGGACGCCAACACCCUGCUGCACUACACCAACGUCUUCGACGCGGUCGUGGACGCCGCCUACUUCGCCAUGGCGUACCUCAACGUCACCAACGUGCCAGUCAUGGUGACGGAGACCGGGUGGCCGCACAAGGGCGACCCCUCCUCCGAGCCCGAUGCCACCUCCGACAACGCCGACACGUACAACAGCAACCUCAUCCGGCACGUGAUGAACAGCACCGGCACGCCGAAGCACCCCGGAGUGGCCGUGCCGACGUACAUCUACGAGCUGUACGACGAGGACACGCGGCCCGGGUCGACGUCGGAGAAGUACUGGGGCCUCUUCGACAUGAACGGCAUCCCAGCGUACACCCUGCACCUGACGGGGUCCGGCGUGCUGCUCGCCAACGACACGACGAACCAGACCUACUGCGUGGCGCGGGAUGGCGCGGACCCGAAGAUGCUGCAGGCGGCGCUGGACUGGGCCUGCGGCCCGGGGAAGGUGGACUGCUCCGUGCUGAUGCAGGGGCAGCCGUGCUACGACCCGGACACGGUCGAAGCGCAUGCGACGUACGCCUUCAACACGUACUACCACGGCAUGGGCAUGGGCUCGGGGACUUGCUACUUCAGCGGUGUCGCUGUGAUCACGACGACCGACCCAAGCCAUGGAUCUUGUGUUUACGCCGGAAAGAACGGGACGUCGUUGCUGAACGGGACGUCGCUGGCGCCGUCGUCGAACUCCACGGCGGGGGAUUCCGGCGCGCACCGGGCGAUCGGCGACGUGUCGUCGUCACUCGUCCGCGUCGUCGGCACCGCGCUGCUGUUGAGCGUCCUUCUGUUGUAGGCAGUGAUAAGCAUGCAGUCAUGCAGACUUGCGGAGGAGUUAGGCAUUCGUGAGCGAUUCUUUUUGCUGUGAAGCGGGAUUGGCCUCGAUGAGAUUAUUGUCAUUCCAAAUGGAACGGGAUGCGCUAUUAUGUUGCUCCAUGAUCUUGCUGGGCUUUUCUCUCCGGUAUUGGUUUGGGAAAGGAAUUGGUUAGCAGCAAUUGCCCGUGUUCUGCUGGUUGGUUGGAUGUGAUGAACUGAAAAUGUUGAGGGUUCAGUAGAUUGUAUUUUGCAACAUGUUGUUCGGAUCUUCUCCCAGUCAUAUGUUACGAUGUGCCCCUACGCUCAAGGGUUGUUUUGAUCGGAAAUUACGGUUCACCUAAUUUGGUGUGUUGAUCAUUUUCCAUUCCUGUUUAUUAUUAAUAUUGAA